GUUCAUUUGCCAUUCGACCUCCGCCGGGGCCUGGUCGGACGGAAACGCUCCGCCGGCUUUAUUGUCGGUUCGUUAUGUGGCGGAGCCCGGCAGUUUAACGUGCUUCUUGCCCUCAGCGCCUCGGAAGCCGGCAGCGGGUUGGGACUCCUCGGCGCGCCGGAGGAAGAAUAUCUGUUUGGAGGGUCGGUUUGUGCGCGCGGCUUUAAAGAGGGGGCAGCGGAGGGUCUCCCCGCACUCCGCCUCUCAACUUCGAAGGCCCCACGCGCCCCGGCUCGCUGCUCACCUCUCCGCCGCCCGCCCCCUUCUCCGCGCGGGACGCUGCCCGGAGCGCAGCGGGGCGGGGGUGGAGGAUUAGGAGGCGGCCGGAGGCGGCGGCCCGGCGGGAGGCGGCGGCGGCGGCGGCGGCGGCGGACGCGUGAGGCAGCCCCGGGGAGCGAGCGCGAGCCGGGCGGGAGGGCGAGGCCGAGCCCCGCGAGACCGGAACGCCCGGGGUGGGGGCGGGGGCGAAGCGGAGGGGGAGCGCGCGGGACGCGGCCCGAGGCCGGGCGCGAGCCGGGGCACCGGGCGGCGGCGGCGGCGGCGCGCGCCAUGUCGUUCAGUGAAAUGAACCGCAGGACGCUGGCGUUCCGAGGAGGCGGGUUGGUCACCGCCAGCGGCGGCGGCGGCGGCGGCUCCGCGAACAAUAACGUUGGCGGGGAGGCCUCGGCUUGGCCCCAGCACCCCCAGCCAAGACAACCCCAGCCGCCAGCGCCGCAGCAGCUCAAUGGGCGGGGGGCCGACGAGGAAGUGGAAUUGGAGGGCCUGGAGCCCCAAGACCUGGAGGCCUCUGCCGGGGUGGCCGCCGCCGCCGAGGAAACCAAGGAGUUGCUGCUCCCCCAAGACGCGGGCGGCCCCACCUCGCUGGGCGGCGGUGGCGCAGGGGGCCCCCUGCUAGCGGAAAGGAACCGUCGGACUCUGGCCUUCCGAGGCGGCGGCGGCGGCGGGGGGCUCGGCAACAAUGGCAGUAGCCGCGGCCGCCCCGAGACCUCGGCGUGGCCCCUGAGGCAUUUCAAUGGGCGAGGGCCCGCGGCCGUGGAGCUGGAGCUGGACGCGCUGGAGGGGAAGGAGUUGAUGCCAGACGGCGCGUCCCUGAGCGACAGCACCGAGGACGAAGAGGAGGGGGCGAGCCUGGGCGACGGCAGCGGGGCGGAAGGCGGCAGCUGCAGCAGCAGCAGGCGGUCGGGCGGCGAUGGCGGGGACGAAGCGGAGGGCAGCGGAGUGGGAGCUGGCGAAGGAGAGACUGUCCAGCACUUCCCGCUCGCGCGGCCCAAGUCCCUAAUGCAGAAGCUCCAGUGCUCCUUUCAGACCUCCUGGCUCAAAGAUUUUCCCUGGCUGCGCUAUUCCAAGGAUACUGGCCUUAUGUCUUGCGGCUGGUGCCAGAAGACCCCCGAGGACGGGGUAAGCGGGGACCUGCCUCCUGUGGGGCACGACGAGCUUUCGCGAGGGACCCGCAACUACAAGAAAACCCUCCUUCUGAGGCACCACGUCUCUACCGAGCACAAACUCCACGAAGCCAACGCCCAGGAGUCAGAAAUACCAUCAGAGGAGGGGUACUGUGACUUUAAUAGUAGGCCAAAUGAGAACUCUUAUUGCUAUCAACUUCUUCGACAACUAAAUGAACAGAGGAAGAAGGGUAUUCUUUGUGAUGUCAGCAUUGUGGUGAGCGGAAAAAUCUUUAAAGCUCAUAAGAACAUCCUGGUUGCAGGCAGCCGUUUCUUUAAGACUUUAUAUUGCUUUUCAAACAAAGAAAGCCCUAACCAAAACAAUACUACCCAUUUAGAUAUUGCUGCAGUUCAAGGUUUUUCAGUCAUCUUGGACUUCUUGUAUUCUGGUAACCUGGUGCUCACAAGCCAAAAUGCCAUUGAAGUAAUGACAGUGGCCAGCUAUCUUCAAAUGAGUGAAGUUGUUCAAACUUGCCGAAAUUUCAUUAAAGAUGCCUUAAAUAUAAGCAUUAAAUCAGAAGCUCCAGAGUCUGUAGUUGUGGACUAUAAUAAUAGAAAACCAGUUAACAGAGAUGGCCUGUCUUCAUCACGGGAUCAAAAAAUUGCCAGUUUUUGGGCAACACGGAAUCUUACCAAUUUGGCAAGUAAUGUAAAAAUUGAAAAUGAUGGUUGUAACGUCGACGAGGGCCAAAUAGAAAACUACCAAAUGAAUGACAGUAGUUGGGUCCAGGAUGGUUCACCUGAAUUGACAGAAAAUGAGUCUCAAGGUCAAACAAAAGUGUUUAUUUGGAAUAAUAUGGGCUCCCAGGGAAUUCAAGAGACUGGCAAAACAAGGAGGAAAACCCAAGCUACGAAGAGAUUUAUUUAUAAUAUACCACCUAAUAAUGAAACAAAUUUAGAAGAUUGCUCAGUGAUGCAGCCACCUGUUGCCUAUCCAGAAGAAGAUUUGUCAUUCAUCAAGGAAGAACCAGAUCUGGAUGGUGCUCUACUCUCAGGGCCAGAUUGUGAUAGGAAUGUGAAUACAAAUUUAUUGGCUGAAGCCGGCUCCAGUCAAGAUGGAGGUGAUGCUGGUCCUUCACAUGAUUUCAAGUAUGGCCUGAUGCCUGGCCCUUCAAGCGAUUUCAAGUAUGGAUUGCUACCAGGUACUUCAAAUGAUUUCAAGUAUGGAUUGAUACCAGGUGCUUCUAACGAUUUCAAGUAUGGAUUAUUGCCUGAAUCUUGGCCAAAACAAGAAACUUGGGAAAAUGGUGAAUCAUCUCUAAUCAUGAACAAGUUAAAAUGCCCUCAUUGUAGCUAUGUAGCCAAAUACAGACGAACACUAAAAAGGCAUUUGCUCAUUCAUACGGGAGUCAGAUCAUUUAGCUGUGAUAUUUGUGGGAAACUGUUUACUCGCAGAGAACAUGUAAAAAGACAUUCCCUGGUGCAUAAAAAGGAUAAAAAAUACAAAUGUAUGGUGUGUAAGAAGAUCUUCAUGUUAGCAGCCAGUGUUGGAAUAAGACAUGGAUCUCGACGCUAUGGUGUUUGUGUAGACUGUGCAGAUAAAUCACAACCAGGAGGGCAAGAAGGUGUAGAUCAGGGACAGGAUACAGAUUUCCCUCGGGAUGAAGAAUAUGAGGGGAACGGAGGUGGAGAAGCUGAUGAAGAGCUGGCUGAUGAUGGAGAAGAUCAGAAUGAUGCAUCUCGAUGGGAUGAGUCCGGAGAUGUUUGUAUGUCUCUAGAUGACUAACUGACCUACUAUACUCCUCAAGGAUGCUGCAUUUGGACAUAAUAUGAAUCAACAAUUUGAACUGUUGAACUUGAAGGCUUGCAAAAUAUGGUACAUGCUGGAUGGUAGUUAUGUUGCUGUGAAAACUGUAGGGUCAAAGCCUUAUAGCAAAAAAAAUUUUUUUUUAUAUUUGCACAGGACUGUACAGCAGACAACCUUGUGGUUGGAUUACAUGGAGUCCACACAUCUUCAGUCAGUUAUCAAAGUAAAAAUAUUUUUUAUUUAUAGGAUAUACAGUAACUAUUUGGGUCCUAUGGAAAUAUAGUACCUGUUCUUAAAAAAGCUUACAUUCAUGUGCCACUUUAACAUGAAUUAAGAAAAUCCAUUAUUAAGAAUACAGUGACAGCUGACCUAAUUACUCUGUCCAUCAAACCACUCAGGCUAGUUUGUACUAGUAGAGUUUUGUUUCUAUUUUUAUUUUUAUUAAUUUUAUUUUUUUUAAUACAGAUGUUCAGUGAGGGGCCUUUUCAACCCCAUUGGUUCUACUUUUCUGUAUUUUCCAUUUUAAUUUGCUUCAUAACUUAAACCAAGUCUCUUCUAGUCUUAGCUAUUAUUUCUCAAUUUUGUGCUGAUGGGCAUGUUUAUACGAACUGGAGAGGUAAUUUAUUGGAAUGAACUAACUGACUUCCUCCAUUCCCCUUUUCCUUUUUGACAUGAAUUAUACUACUUUACAAAUGAAGAAUGAUGUUGCAAAGUACCAUGGUGAGGUUGACAAAUACCACUAAAAUGAUUAUGAUUUAGAAGUAACUUUCUCCUGCUGCUCUAAUCUGAUAAAUGGUUACUAUAUGACGUUUUCUGACAAGGCAUUCGGUUUUGGGUAUCUGUUACUUUGGCACUACUCUUGUUUGCUUCUUUUUAUUUUUGCCAGUGUACUAUACCUCAGUCCUAUUUGAAAAGACAAAUCUAAUCGAAAGAAAAGUCAUAGAUAAAAUGAUUUGUUUUAUAAUUUAUCCUUCAUGUCCAGUUUUGGUUAGCUUGUUAUGCAAUAUAAGUGAAAUAUCAGGUUUUUACUCCUGUGCCCUUUUUAUCAUUAAAAUUAACACAAAAAGUGCAUUCUCUUUUGUUUCAUACUUACUGGGGUAUUCAGUGUUUGAAAUUAUGAUAGAUAAUUUAGUUAAUUUAUUUUUCAUUUCCUCGAAGUCACUACAUCUUGAUAUAUAUAUAUAUAGUCUUUCUAGUAGUCACCAUGAUUCAACAAUCUGCAAAAAUCUUACAAAUAAAGCAUUGAGAGGCUUUACAAUUUUUAUUCUGUUAACUAAAUUCUUCAGGGUACAAGGGGGUGAUGUGUUAAGUUGAAAUUGCCAGACUUGUUUAGCCUGAUGACAGAUGAAUUAGCUGAUUGACUCACAGCAGCAUUUCAUGUAAUUGAUAUUAACAUGCACAACAUUUAUCAGGAACAUAUUGUAUAUUAUAUAAGAUUGAGGGAUAUCAUAUUUUCAGCUUUCUUUUAAAUAGAAAUUGAGUAUAUUUUCCUAUUUUAUAUCAGGUAACUAAAUUAUGCUAGUCGUGUGGAGAAAAUUGCAAAGUACACUUUGGCAGACAUAAUCCUUUUGGUGCUCCAUCCCAUCAAAGUUGAAAAGAUGAUAGGUUUUUUAAGAGACAGGCUUUCUUACUGUCUCUGAUUUCAGUAGAAAAAUGGUUUAAUGUUAGACACUGAUGCUUCUGCUUGGAUAAAUCAAAGAAAGAUACAGUACAGUUACAUGGUUAGAUGCAUCAUUUGUCACCUAAACUUUAUCAUAGUUUCUACAAAACUGAAAAACCGACAUGGAUAGUUUUGGUUUGACUUUUGUUUAAGACUGAAGAGUACAUCUUUUUCUCAAUGUUCUAGACAAAUGAGUAAAAUGUAAUUCUGGUUGGGUCCAAAGUAGACGUUAGUUGGGCAAAGAUACUAUGAAUGGAGAAGUAUUUUAAACGUAAAAUGUUCUGCUUUGUGAAUAUGUAAGUAUAGUAUAAAGAUUUCUUUCAUCCCAUUUAUCCCUCUCCUUUAAAAUAAACCAUAGUUUACAAUUGGUAGAUCUGUCUAUAUAUAAAUAUAUAUUAAAGAGAAAAGAUAUAUAUCUAAAAAUCACCUAAGUCGGCUUUAUUAGAUUCACUUAAGUGAACUACAGUUCACUUAUCGCAUAGAAACUGGACUUGGCUUUACAUUCUUAAUGUACUUUUACUUUUCCUUAAGAUAUGAACUUACUCUCUUUAAACUGAAUUUUCUUUUACUACUUAAAUCAUUUAUGUAUAUCUGGUAAAUUAUGACCAAAUUUUUGUUAGAUUGCAUACAGUAAAUUGAAAUACACUCUUGGUACACUACGGGAUUGUUGUGCUUUUGUUUUGGUUUUAGUUGGAAACAAGGUUUGAUGUAGAUGGCUUGUUACUGUUAAUUUAAAAUAUUCUAUAAUUAUUGUCCAUUACCUUUUAUGUUGUGUUGUGACAGAUUUGGCUAUAUUUUUAGUCAACUGAAAUAUACUUUAAGAGUUUGUUUUUAGAAAGGUAAUCCAAAGGAAAAAUGUUUAUACUCUUGAAUAUAUUAGCCUCAGCCUAUAUAAAAAUUUCGUCUUUAAAGUAAACAUUUUACCAGAAACAGAAUUGACAGAUUUUUCUACUUGCUGACUGCCUAACUUAUUUUGUUUCAUGAUCUCGAGGGGACUGCCUUUUCCCUUCCAGAUCUUUUUAAAAAAAAUAGUUUAGUACUAAGGUAUACUACUGGAUGUUUCUAUUUUUUUAAGUAUAUUCUUUUUCUGACUUACAGUACAAUUUCAGGAAGUUGAUAGAUACUAAGAACUUAUGAUUGGUCUCAGAGAGGUAACAAUGGAACACUCAAAAUUUUGUCUGUGGAGCCCUGGCGGAAUUAUGUGUUACGCAUUUGCUGAAUUUUUCUCUUGUAACUUAUAUUUUAAAUGAAAAAUAUUUUAGAGCUUUUAUUUAAUGAAGAGGAAGAGUAUAAACUGUUCAUUUCCUGUUCAUUUUGUAGUAACAGACCCUCAUAAAUCAAGAUCAUGUGUUCUUUCUUACGAGUCUCAGAGACAGUUACUUCAUACGGUCCCUGAUUUUUCAUUGUUAUUGGCCCUCAUUUUUCAUAUUCACUAGAUAUUUUGCUAAAUUUUAACACCAUAGCAAUUAAGAGCUAAAAAAAAACAUUAUAGGAAGGGGAAACUGAACAGUAAUGAGUAGCUUUGAAAUUUGGGGGGAAAACAUGAGCUGGUUUUGGUAGAGCCAUCCUGAUGAAGGAAGAGUGAGAUGAAGGAGUUAAUUCAUGUAAAGCGCUUAGAACACUGCCUGGUGCAUAAUAGGGGCAUGACACAUCUUAGUUGUUUAAUAAUACAUGGAAAACCAAGACGAAAAGAAGUGGGGAAAGGGGUGGAGAAUAGGGAGAAAAUAGGGAAUGAAAAGAUCGGGGCUUAGAAAUUUGUAGUAAUACAAUGUGCUGUAAAAGGCCUGAAGAUGACUGGAGUAGUAUAAUAGGGGAAAGUGUGAUGGAAGAUGGGUCUUAAAAAUCAUAAAAUUUAAAACCAAUAAGUUUUAUUUAUGUUUUUAGGAUGUUAACAUAGGAUGAAAAAGUUACUUUUCUGAGUAAUUCCAAAAGCUAGCAUUUUUUUUAGUGCCUGCACAUGCCAUGCGCUUUACAUUAUCUUAUCAAAUUCCCUAUAAGUAGGUGCUAUUGUCUCCAAUUUAUAGAAGAGGAAAGGUUCCAUUGAAAUUUGCUUAAUUUAAUUUGACUCAUGUAACACAGUUACUAAGUGGUAGAGCUGGAUUUGGACCAGGUCUGAUUCUGAAGCCCAUGCUCUUUUUAGGGGGCUCUAUUGCCCCAACUUUUGUAGGAUUUUAGCUCUUGUAAAGGGGUCUGUCUGUGGAGACAUCUUUUCCCUGUGAAACAGCUAUGUUAGCAAUUUGAAUGUCUAAUCCUUCCUCCCCCAAAUAUCCUUAAUACUUUUUCCUCCUAGUACAGCAAUUGUUGUAUCACAUGAUUGUAAACAAGAUACCCAACCUCAGUGUAGCACAUGCUGUUAAUUGGCUAUAGCAUUUUCAUUUUUAAAAGGAUUUUUAACUGAAGAACUAGAUGUGAACCCCAGUUUUUGUGCCGUUCAGUCACCCGGAUCCUUAAACUUAACUAUGGUACAUAAUAUACAUGCUUAGAACUAACAGGUGUUUUUUCUUAGUCACUUUAGGAUUUUAAAUGGAAAGGUUUUUUUUUUUCUUGCUGUAUCCCUACUUUUCAAGUGAAGUUGAACUGUUCAAGAUAGUUUAAAACGUAUUAGGGAUAAGCACACUUUAAAAGAUGUUUUCUAGCUCUGAAUUUUAUGACAUUGGGUACUUAAAAUUUGGAAUAUGCUGGCUAUUGAGAACAAAAUUUUGGGUUUAGGAGAGGGAUGGUUGAGGCCAUUAUGAAAUGGGAGAAUCAGCAUUUUAAACACUGUAAACAUAAAAGAACACUUUCUUCUGCCUGCUGUUUGUAAAAGCUCUUCGGGAAGAUCUUUUACGAAGACCAAUUUUUUAAUGUAAUUUACCUACCUAGUAUAAGUGUCCUAAGACAUGUAUGUAAACUUCCACAACUGUUUUGUCUGUGUAUUUAGAAAAUACACAAGAAUCUUUAUCAAACCUAAAAAUAUAAACUUGUGAGCACUGAACUGCUUCUGGCUUUGUGAAUUUUGUUGACUCUGACAUUUAAUUCAGAUUUCCUUGCUUUUAACGUAUACUAACUUAGACUAAUUGGGGUCGGGAACACCUUUGUAAAUUUUGAUUUAUGUAUAAUUCAGAUACCUCUGGACUUAAGGUUUACAAGUUUGACUUGCAGACUAUUAAGGGUUUUUUGGUUUGUCUCUUUUUAUGUGAAGUGCAUAAAAGACCCAAACUACCUCCUAGUAAUGCUUGGAGAGCUGCUUUAAUUAAUAGCAGUGAUUUGUAAUCCGCAUAUUGUCUUUCAUCUUUAUUACUUUUUUGGAAUUCUCUACAGGUUGUAGAAAACAUUGAAAUACUCCUCCUGAAAUGUACAUACUUUUGGAAAUGGGUUGAAAAGCAAAGGUGAACUACUUCAUCUCAUAUUUGCUGCAUACUAGUGGAUUAAUGGAUUAUAAGUAAAUAUAUAAAUUUCAAGUCUUUGAAACUUUUUAAUAAUACAGAAAAAACAUACUUUUAAAAGGUUUUUGUGGUGGUGGUAUUAGUAAUAGCCCAAAGGAAAUCAUAGAAUAACUAGAUAUCCAGACUUUUAAUUAUUAAAGAAAUGAGUUUUGAUUUAGUUUGGAAAACAGUGAAUUACUGGAUGGGAUGCCUGUAUUGCAUAUAAUUCUUAGUAUCUAAACUUUUAAAAGAACUGUCAUGUGGCAGAAUUAGAUAUAUUCUAUUGGUUUAUAUAGAUAGACUCUCUACGGUUCCAAGGGAUUAGAAUUGGAACUGCUCAGAGUGCUCAAGGUUAAAAAGCAGUUUUUAAUAAAUAAAGAUGCAGUGGGGGCUUCCCUGGUGGCGCAGUGGUUGAGAGUCCGCCUGCUGAUGCAGGGGACACGGGUUCGUGCCCCGGUCCGGGAAGAUCCCACGUGCAGCGGAGCGGCUGGGCCCGUGAGCCAUGGCCGCUGAGCCUGCGCUUCCGGAGCCUGUGCUCCGCAAAGGGAGAGGUCACAACAGUGAGAGGCCCGCGUACCGCAAAAAAAAAAAAAAAAAAAAAAAGCAGUGGGAUUGCUCCCGGAAAAAACCAACCCCCACCCCUCACCACUGGAGAUGUCCUAAAUAAAAUGAAAGAUUACCUGAGAAGCAUUUUGGCUAAGGCAGUAUUGACCAAAAAAUUCUAUUUCAAGGUGGAUUUUUUUGUUGUAAUUUGUUUUGACCACUGUAGUUAUCAACUUUUUGUUUUGCUUAGAAUGUUGAUAAAAUUUUGUGUAAAUAUCUCAUGAAGGAUAUUUUGACACCAAAAUGAGCACAGUUGAAACUUAGAAAAUCAUGUUUAUCUUUAUGGAAAAAAUUGUUACUUGAGCUUUUUUCUUUUUCACUACAAGUCAUCACAGACCAAUGUUUGGAAGCUGGUGUAGGAAAUUCAGUUAUUGGAUCUAUCUAUAUAGUUAGAUAAGAAAAUUAGAGGUCCUUCAGAUCUUAGUCUAUGUCCUAAGUGAAUUUUGAACUAAGGGAAAUUUAAAAAUGGACUACAGGAAAUCUAUUCAGUUAAUUGAAGUGAAUAAAAGAUAGGCGCCGUAGUUGCAUGGUGCCUUACGUGCUAUUAAUACUACCUUCUGAAUGUUUUUUCUUUUUUCCAGUAGAAUCAGUUUGGCAAUAAGAAAAUACUAAUUUUCCACGCAUCAUUAGGUCUGUUUUAGAGUCUUAGUGAAAGACAUGCAAAAGACAGCCUUCUUGACACAUGUCCCAACAGCUGUUGAGAGGACAAUAUAUAAAGAUUUAGGAGAUAAUUAAUACAGAAUUGAUUCCCAGAGAGGGAACUAUAAGGACUUUGCAGUCAAGUUUAGACCAGGGCUCCUCAGCUUUCAUUUCAGUUAUCUUCCCCGUAACAAACUCAUUCAAUAAGUAUUUAACAUUUGGGAAAACUUCCACAUUAGAGACUACAAAUUAUAUUCAGAUAAAAUUCCUGGCACGUAGUCUGAGCUCGGAAUUAUUUCUAAGUGAAUGAUUAUUUAAAGACCUCAACAUUUUUAAGGCUUUUGCCUGCUAGUAUCUCGUGGCUUGUAGCUCUCAAGCUAAUUUUGUUUAGAAGUAGUUUGUGUUGUGCCAUGCACAGGGAUCACACUGAGCCCUCGGGGCCCUUUAUCCCAACACCACCAUAGGUGUCCAUACCCAAAGGCACAAUGACCAAACCCAACCUUUGGCUAAUACUACCAUAGACAUCUCAAUGCAAGUAGUCUUCUGUGAUUCUUUUUUAACCUACACCAUCUCCAUAACAAGUGGCAAGAUUAAGUAUGAGCCACUUGCUGCAAAAUUUUAAUGACUGGCAUAGCCACCACUAACAUCUAAAUGUCUGAUAUUCAGUGUAUAUAAGGAAGAUGUGAAAAAACUAGGAAGAAAACCCUACUGGAGUUUAUUCCUUCAUGUAGUGUAGACUGCAACAAUGCAUCAAUAAAGAUAUUUGGAUCUGAUGUUUUAGUUUACUGAUACGAAUUUUUGGUAUUUGUGAAGAGGAACGUUGGGUGUUGCAUUUAUAUUUUACCAUAUGAAAGACAAAUGUGUGUUUAUCUGUACCAUGUUCUUAUGUCAUCCACUUGGAUUUUGGUAGCACCUAGAUUCCUAAACUGAGAUGGUGGUAUUUACAUAAGAGACGUGAGUGGUUCUUCAAAGCAAGUUUUGCCACACUAAAUUUUCACGUAAUGGCCACUUAAAACAAUUAGCUUAUUCCAAAGAAUGGCAAUUAUAGGAACUGGAUCAGUGUCCAGGAGUUACUAACCCAGGGUCUUAUACUUCUCAUCUAUGGCAAAGGAAAUGAGAAGAAAUUAUUUUAAGAAUUACUUUAGUUCUAGGUAAACAACUAGAGUUUUAUAUAUGUAGGUAUAGUUUUACUUUGAUUUGCUUCCUUAAAAGAUCUUAUUAUUGGGCUUCCCUGGUGGCGCAGUGGUUGAGAGUCCGCCUGCCAAUGCAGGGGACACAGGUUCGUGCCCCGGUCUGGGAGGAUCCCACGUGCCGCGGAGCAGCUAGGCCCGUGAGCCAUGGCCGCUGAGAUUUUAUUAUUUCAUAGGCUUAAGGGUGUUUAUUAGAAUCCUACCUUGGACUUCUGGCAGUUAUUUUUGAGCCAUUAAUCAUCCUAAACUUUUGCUCUAUUUGUGCCUUCUGAAGGUCGCUGACUCUUUAGCACCCUAGUCUAUUUGCUGGCCCUUCUUUGUUACUACUUGGUGACUUACGCGACACUCAAAAUGUAAGUUCCCAUUUCAGUCAAUGGACUCUUUUCCUCUUUGGUCAUACAUGUAUUUGGCAGAUGUACUGAACACCAAUUUGUGAGAAAAGUUACCUGUGAUGGAUAAUGGGAUCACAGUGUAUAUUCAGUUCUCUAUUCUACAAGACAUUUGGGGUGGGAAAAGAUGCAAAGUUAGACAAUCAGGGAACUUUAUCAAAGAGGCCUUUCAUUUCAGCAAUUUAAGAAAGUUAGUGAUUGAGAGGUGUGGAGUGAAGAUAUAAAACAGUGCAGAUUAAGUUAGUAAUGCAUACACAGCACUUUGCUUUGUCCCUCUUCAGUGUAGUAAAGAGGAGAAAGAAUACUUUCACCUUGAAAAUUUAUUACUUUCUAGGUGCCUCCCAAUUCUCUCAGCUAUACUGGACAAGUCUGUAGGAUUAGACAAGCUCUUGUUUUCUCGGAAGACCCAUCUGUGUACUCAGGGAAACGGACACCUUAGUAGAGUCUACCUACUGUUCGGGGGACCUAGAUGAUGAAGACUUUGACCUAGAGGUUUCGUAUCCAGCAAAGCAGUUCAGUAAAAUUGUAGGAACUUGGGGCUAAUGUUCAUUCCACAUAUUUUCUGAAUAGGGAAAGAAUAUCACCUCUUCUCAAAGGCUGAAAUCACAGGCUUCCGUAGUCCCCAGCCCCACCUCAAGUUAUUCUUAAUGAAAGUUAUAAGAUCUUUACUCAAUAUUUUUUGAAUUUUAUUUUUUAUACAGCAGGUUCUUAUUAUCUAUUUUAUACAUAUCAGUGUAUAUAAGUGUAUAUAUGUCAAUCCAAAUCUCCCAAUUCAUCCUACCACCCCCCCACCCCACUUCCCCUCUUGUUUGCUCAAUUUUGAUGUGCUUUUUUUUAGCAUAGCAUAUUUAUGCCUCACUAAAAUUAAUCUCUUAAAAUCAAAAACCUAGUCAAUGUUCAAAAUUCCAGUCAUUCACGUUCCGUGUGUGUGUGGUGUAUUUUACAGUUUGCUUUUCGGUCAGGAGUCUAAUAAUCUGUAAUAGGAGUCAGCAAACCUUUUCUGUAUAGGGCGAAACAGUAAAUACUUCAAUAUAUUCAUUGAAGAGUGAUGUGCCUUCUUAACAUCAGUGAAUUAUUUCCUUUCCAGAAUUACAAAUCCAGCAACAAGAUUUAACACUUCGAUGGCACCAUUUUAGAUACUACCUAGUCUGUGAUUAUGCAAUAAGACCUUAACAGGAAUUCAGUUAAAUACCAUACCCCAGUCCACAGAGUGUUCCCUCUCCCGAAACCCCAGUUGCUAAAUGAGAAAGGAUAUGUCCAAUUCAGAAAUACAUUCAGAGCUUGAAAGAGGAGACUUGCUGAUAAAAAUGUGUACCUUUCUAAAUUAGACCCUUCUAUUGCCACUUAAUCCUAUCUUUAUCCUCUGUUAAAAGAUUCUUUUAUAUCAGACCUCAACCUUAGUUGAGUACUAUGACUUUGACUUUCCAUAGCCUUUAGAAUGUAAACUAUUUUGGGAGAUUUUCAUUAAUAUCUGCACUUACAAAAGGUGUCGGUAAAUUGGACUUGUCAGUCUUCUUGGACACAGUUUGAUAAUGCUAAGCUUGUGAGUAACUGAGCCAAAGUAUCUGCCCUGAAAAACACUUUCUAUCACACUGAAGAAAAUUCCCCGAACUAAAGACUAUCAAACUGAUGCAGAAGCCCAUGUCAUUGUUUCAGACGCACAUAAUUCCCCAUUUUAAGUCCCGUUGAGGACGAUCUUCGUUGUGUGGCUCAGACUCUUGUAAUAGUAGACCCGAGUACAUGGCAAAUGAACCAAAUACUGAGCACGAUUCUUCUGAGUCAAAAUUUCUAUUAAAACAUAAUUUCAACAUUGACCUAAAAUAAUUCCAACAGUUUUUCCUUAUAAUUAAGGUUAAAAUUAAUCAAAACAGAUGGUCUGAUUUUAAGAGAUUUAGAAAAAGUUUGGUACCUCUUCUAUCUUAUGUGGUACUGUCCCAUCAGAAGUGUCAAAUAUAUCCAGAAAGGACAUACGAUGGAACUCUGAGAAUACAGCAGCGUUCCUGUCUGGGCAUCCCAUUCACUCCUCAACCCACUGCAACCUAGACUGUGACUUAAAUAUUUGAAACUACCCUCUUAAAGGCCACGAUCCUCACCUCUGCAGCAUUUGCUACUGUGACUGAAUGACUGAUUUCCUUCACACAGCCCUCCCCUUGACCACGUAAACGUUGGUGUUCUUUUAAUUCUUCGCAGGGCACUCUCCCAGUGUUCUUUCCCUUCGUGUUCUUAGUCUCAAAUGAUCACAAUGACUUGGUUGACCUCUCUUCAGUGUUCACAAAGAUUUGUAGAAAUGACACCAUGCAUUGUUGUUUGAUGCACAGAGGAUUUUCGAUCACAUCCUAAUUUGGGUCACUGUUCUUUAAUUUCUCGUGGAUGACCUCGGGGGUCUUUAGAUGUACAUUUUUGGUGUAUGGAGUCUCAUCAUGAGCAUAGCAAAGUCACCUUUAGAAAAAUUAUAACCUUGAUUUUUCUGAAGCUAUGUAAUGCAUGCCAGCCAUGUAAACACUAUUUGAUGAGGUGAUGUCUAGUAGACUUUAUCAUGUCAUAUCAACAUGUAUGUAUCUCUGUUAACUAUACAGACUAAUAAAAUCUUCGAAUUGAAGGAACCUGAGAAAAACCACACCUGUUUAUCCAGCCUCUGCUUGAACUCAUCCCAUCAGUUCAUCAGUUCAUUUCCAGCUCACGUAGCAGCCAUAUUAGGUUGAGAUCCAUCUUAUUAGUUCUUCUCUAGACUGAGUUGAGUUGAAGUCUCCUUAUUCCACCUCCCAAUGCCACAUGGAUUCACAUCCUUUCACAUAAUGGUCUAUGCAACUGUGGGAACUUGAAAGGGGUGUACACUAUAUUUGAGGAGUACUUAGGGCCUUAAAUUUUUUCCAUUGCUAGAAAACUUUUCAUUCCUGUAAGUAUUAAUAUAAUGUCAGAAAUCCAUAGUGUUCACUCUUCCAGUUUAAUGUUUCUCUCUUCAUUUUAAAGCUAAGAAUCAAAUAUUUAAUAUGAAUAACCAGUGCUCAAAACAAGAUUUUAAAGAAAAGCACCCAGAAAUAUUUCUUGUAAAGUAGAAUAUUAAUUUGUUGGCACUGGUAUAUAACACUUAACAUAAGAUUAAACUUGCUUCUCCAAGAUAAGAUUAAGUUUGCAGCUUGAUAUAAAAAUUUAAACGUUGCUUAAUCCUAGGCUUUCAAGAGUUUCAUAAUUAAUUGAUUUCUUAAUGCAGUACAGUUUUAACAUGUAUAAAUUUAAUGAUUGAACUCCCUUUAGAAAAUGUAUUAUGAGGAAGAUGUGAGUUAUUUUUUCCUUUAUUUGCAUUUCAGAUCAUAUUCUAAAAGAAGUGAUAAAUAUUUCAUUUUUAUUAAAUUCUUAUAAAACUUCAGGUCCUUCAGCCCCAAGCCAUCCCUCUCCUUAAGCAGCAGGAUAGGUUUAUAAUUAUGACUACUUUGUUAUUUUUAUAGUUAGUUUGAAAAACAUUAUGAGUACAGUCCUGGUGCGUUUAUGUCACCAAGAUGGAAGAAUGAGAAUAUUGUCUUCAUUAGGUAGCCAGUUUAAGUCCUAAACAUUAUUGAGUAUUCAUUGGCAUAAUAUUUCUUCUCAGUGUUUGAACUCUAAAAUUAUGAGUCAGGAAAGUCCAUAAAAAUAGUUACCCAAAAUGCAUUUUUGUGAGGUUUACUGCAUGCUGUUUGAAAGUUACCACCAUAUCCUUCAUCUUUGUUUCAGCACAAAAUCCAAGAACGUGAGCUGAGAAUCCGAGGACAUUUUGCCUGUGUAGGUGAUGAACUUCAUUGCAAUUUUAGCCAUUUACGAAUAUGAGAGGGAAAAAGGGGGAUGUUUUUACUCUUUAAGCAUUUAUAACUCACAUCGUGCCAGUUUGUUAUAACUUUUAUGUUUAAUGUGAGCAAUUUCUUUAUAGUAUCAUUGUGACUCUAACCUGCUAGACCUCAGAAUGGCUAUUUUUUGGGAAACUAAGCUUAAAUGAUGCAGAUGUAAUAUUAUUUGCAAGCAAAAAAUGAGUAAAUUUGCAUUAGCUGGUUUGCCACUGUAAAAGUCCAUUUUCUGCAUAUAUAAUGGAAAUGAAGUGACUUCAAAAAUCAGAUUUGAGAAUGUUUUCAAUAUAUCAUCCUGUUAUUAAUGUCCUGCAUUUUAAUAGAAUCUUUUUUCUUAUAUUCCCACCUUUAUGAACAUAAUUUGUCGUUGGAGAUGAUUAAUGAGGCAACUGCAAAGGCAAAAUCUGACAUUUUGUAUAUUCUAAGAAAGACUGUCAAUUUAUUUUUUAGCCAUAUGUACACACAGAAAGCAAAACUUAAUCAUGCCAUUAAAGAAAAAUUGUAAGCAAUUGAAA